CUUGUUACGUAAAUUACUAUUAUAAGUAUUUAAGCUGGGAUUUGAAUUAUCCGCAGACCGCAAUUAUAAUUUGAAUACCUAGAUGCGAACUGACAGUGACAGACCACUGCAUCGAAGUUAAAAUUACGAAUGAUCUAAUAAGAGUAAUAAUUUUGGUAAAAAGAGGGCGUGUUCUAAAAAAUACAAAACACAAGUGCUAUUAUCAAUUCUUAUUUAUUUAAGGUAAAACUUUUGCUUCAUUUCAAAAGAGGUCAAAACAUGUUGCCUGAAGAAUUCAUAACGAAAUUUCAUCAACUGGAAGGGGUAACUUUGAAGGAAAAAAAGAAAUCUCUGCAUAAUUUACUGCAGAUUUUAAAGAAUGCAUCAUCAGAUACUAUCGAUUUGAUUUUGCAGGAAUUGAAACCUACAUCAUACCUCGAAGAAACAUUCAAAAUUGAAAUUCUAUUGAUUUUCAAACGUUCUAAUGACCUCAUAAACAUACUAAAGGAUGGAAAUGAAAUUGAAGCCAGUAAAAUUAUCAAACAAUCUUGGUUUAUAAAAGAACUGGUUAAAACAUUUACUCCAGAUAGGUUUGUUCAAGAUCUAUUUCCUCAUUUAUCUCUCUCUAUAAGAACAAAAAUUCUCAAGAAAAUACUAGUUUACAUCAAAGAUGAAGAAUUAAUUAAAAAUUUAUUUGAAACAUUAUGUUCUGCAUAUGGUUGGCAAGUUUCUUCAAUACUGUUGACUGGUUGUCCUGAUGAAAAAAUUAAGGAAAUGCUAGAAAAAAAUCUUUGCUGGCUCUCUUCGUCACAAUUGAAGUUACUUUUAGAUAAAAAUCCAUCUUUGGUCACAUUUUAUUUUGAAAUGAUGAAACAAGAGGAAUCGUAUCUGGACAACUAUAAAUGGCGUUCCUUUUUCGAUUACAUUGUAACGAAAGAUCCUAUUUUUUUUGAUGAAUUUGGAAAAAAAUUCAAUAUAUACAAAAGAAAUUUUGGUAGACAAACUACAAAAAAAUUUCUCUUGAUAAAAAAAGAUGAAAUUAUGGCUGAUCCAAAUAAAUAUAUUUCUUUUUUGAGGAAUGAUGCUCUUGUAAGAAAAUUAGGUGAUAACUUUCCUGAAUUCUAUAAGAAAGCCUUACCUAAGGACUUAUAUGAAUUUCAAUAUUGUAAUGCAAAGUCUUUAAUGAAAUAUUAUCGUAAAAGCAAGCAAUAUCAAUUAUAUUUUAAUGCUUUUCAAGAAAUCUACAAAAAAAGUCUUUGGGAAAACUCAGACUAUAUGGAUGAAAGACUUAUUGAACUAAUACCGGACAAAGAGGAAAGAGUAAACUGGUUGAAAAAGUUUGAAAAGAGGUCAAAUUAUGAGAAGUAUACAGAUGGAGCAAUGAUGGCAAGAUGCGCGAUGAAAUGCUCUACUAUGGAAUUUGAUGAAGAAGAUUAUAUGCUUGGAGAUGAAAAUGGAAUUGCUGAGAGAAAAACUGUUUUCAAUACAUUGAUAACAACUUGCAAAUUAAACAAAGAUUAUGAUACUCUAGUGAACAUCCUCAAAUCUUUUUGUCAAAGACAUAGAAAUAGUGAUGUUAGCAUACUUUAUAAUUUCUUACGUUGUUUAUAUGAUGAGUUAGAGAUGAAGAAACUUACUGGAGAACAUUGGAAAUACAUAAAUGAGAUCAUUACUGUACAGUUAUUCAAAAAACAAAAAAUGUUCUAUCCAAUUUUUAUGGAGUACAUAAGGUUUCUUCGAUCACAAAACCAACCUAUAGAUGAAUUGGUUUUAACUCUUUUGAAAGAAAUACCACAGAAGCUAGUGGAUUUCAAGUAUAAUGAUGAUAGUUUUGAGAAAUCCAUGCUUGAAUUAUACAUAAAAUAUUAUCCCCAAGUAACUGAUGAUAAAAAACUCAACUUAAUUGUUCAAAUUAUAUUAAGUGUGAUGAAUUGGAAUAAGAAACACCCAAACAAUCCAAUUUCACUUCAUGAUCAACAGAAUAUUUUGAGCGUUUUCUCAGUUCUGAAAGACAAAGAAAAAUUAGAUAAAUCACUAUCAAAAGCUUUUAAAUAUUUAGUUUGUAGACAAAAAGAAGGUCAAGAGUCAUCAAUUCUAGAUGAAGUUUACUGGCACAAUUUCAAAAACCUAAAAGAUACUUCUAUCACAAAAUGGUUCCUCAAGUAUAAACCUGAGAUUUUGAAGAAUAAUUUAAAUAAAGUUGGAAUCAUGCUGGAAAAUAAGGACAUAAACUUAGUACAUAAUUUGAAGAAAUAUGAACAUAUUGAAAUCCCAAAUGAUAUAACAAAACUAUGUUUAAAAGAAUUAGAGGAUGCAGAACCCUCAAAAAGAGAACGUGUAAUUAAAAUAUUGGUAUAUUUUAUGCCAUCUCGAGAUUUCCAAAAGUUUUUUCAACAAUAUAUUCCAAAGACUGAUAGAGUGGAUACAGCUGGAGGAAGUGAAGAUAUCAGAAAAUCUUAUGAAAUUCAAUGUGCUUUAGCCAAAUAUCUAAAGAACAGGAUACAUCUAGAUCAAAACCUGCAAGAUCUACUGAAAUAUUGCCGUGGAGAUGUAUUACCUUCUGCAUUACCCUCAGUCUACAGUAGUUUCUGUAGAAUUCCAGAAAAACUCUUAUAUCCGGCCUUAGAAGAAUUGGGUACUAAGGCUGUUUCUACGAGAAAGCACUCCAUAUUUCUCACAAGUCUGAUAUGUCCAAUAGAUAAAGUUAUGAUGAAAUACAACCAGGUUGAACAGUUAGAGAAAAAUGUGUCUGUAAGACAACAUAUGUUUCUGAGUUGUUACAAGUAUUAUUUGAGAAAUAACAUUGAAAAGUGUUGGCCAUUAUUAAGUGAAUAUAUUGGACAGCUUAAAAAAGAACAAAAGGAUAUACUGAAGCUAAUUACAAAUGUUCAUAAAGUUCCAAUAAAACAUCGAGCUGUGUUUACUGAAUGUGUUUGGGAAAAACUUUGUAAAGUUAAAAAAGAUGGAGUUAAAAUGGAUGAUAAUAUGGCAUCACUAUUAUCAAAUUUGAAUCCAAGUGAUAUCAAACUAUUACGUGAAGAAUUUGCUAUGAGCAUCAUUGAAAAUUAUCUAUUUGACUUAGAUGACUGUUCUAUGAAUGAUACAGUAUUUAAUUUCACAAAUUAUUUUUUGUUAUUCUCUGGAAAUACAGAGAAAAAAGUAAAGUUUAUAUUUGAAUGCAUACAUAAACUCAAGGAAAUGUUUUGGAAUGAUGAUGAAAAAAAAAUCAAUAUACUGAAAAUAAUAAGUAAGUUCUGUUUCAAUAUAUUCAAAAAAAUGCUGAAGAGGGAUACAAACGGGUUGAAAUAUGAUGAAAAUCUUCCUAAGAUAUUCUCUGCUGCCUGGAAAAGAGAAUUCACAAUUGAAGAAACAUUUGAAGAGCAUAUCUUUCUGGACUUUAUUGUUAUUCAUACAGCUUCGGAUAGUAACUCAGAUUCACUUCCUAAAGAAAUGAGUGAAUAUUUCUCUUCUACUCUUGAGAAAUAUGGAAAUUUGAUUAUUGGAAAUUUUAAAUAUUUCUUAACGUUCUUCCUCAGCUUAAUCUAUAAAGAUGAUGAUCAUGAUUUACAGGUUCUAAAAUUUUUGGAUAAUUUUCUAGAUUUCAAAGAUUCUCCAGAACAUUGUGCCUUAGUUAUUGAUCUUUUGCCAAAUGAAAACCAUAAGGAGGAUGUUCAAGAAGCCUAUAAAAAGUUACUUAAGAAACUCUUUGAAAAAGAUCAAAUUAUUAAAAUUUGCUUGUAUGGAAAACUUAAAGAAAAUUCUAUUGGUUAUUAUUAACAUAUUACUAUGCAUAUAUCCAUAUUUUGAUAUACUCCUAGAAGCUACAGAAGUACAGUUAUUUGUAUGUGAGCAUGCACAUAUUUUUACUUGAAGUAUAGUAUAGAUACUUUUACAAUAUAUUUAUCUAUAUAAAACAAAUUGUUCAAAUAAUAUAAUAUAUGCUUGAAUUUUUGAA